UUGUACGCGCCGCCGUCAAGAGCGUUGAUUGCAGCCGGGCGCUGCACCUUGUCUCUCCUCCUUGGAAACGCUCGACUUGGAAAGCCAGCGUUAUCUUCGAUGUUUGUAGCAUCGCCUGGAACAGCAGGUUUCACCAACUCCACGAUCUUCGAUGUCCUUGUUCAACUCUGGUUCGUCCUCAAACGUCGUGGCUUGAGCCCUAACCGCUUCUCCGCGUGCUGCGCUGCUUCCUGUUGUGCCGUCUGUGUCCUGGCGGAGCCUCGCCUCGCGCAAUGCCACCAAGUUGGCUCUGUCGACGAGUUGAACUCCCGCAGGAAUCACCGAGGUGUUGGAACGUGGCUGCAUCUGCUCCACGUCAACCAACUCGUUCGCGUUGUGUCUGUCCAGAGUGUCCUUGAUCAAGUGUGUGUCGAACUUACUUGUGAUCAAUAAACCACGGCAGGGGUUUGGGCUGCAGGGUUCG